AUCAAUUUAUUAUAUUUUACAAUAAAAUAAUAGAACAAAUAAAAUACAUGUAUUUAGAAAUUUCUUUCUAGGAACAUUUAACCAUUGUGCGUAAGUUUGUCGUUGUCCCGGGAAGAUUUGUAUAACCUCAUCUUAUUUGCAGAAUAUUUGCAAAAAAAGAUGCAUAUAGGUGCUAUUUAAUGAUCAUCAUUAUCAAAUGAAUGAUCUUUUAAAACAAGUUGCACAAUUUUGAACGAUUUACCGAACGGUAGAUUCCAGUGAGAAAUUUGACAGUUCGAAGCUUGACAGUUCCGCUCCAACAACAUUCUGACUUGAAGCCACCCUUCCCUUCAUUUUUUAACAAAAUUCACAACAAAAAUGAUUUCGAUAGCGGUACCUGUAGCAUGAUUUAAACAAAUAUAAAUAAGAAAACCUAAUAUUUUCGACUGAAUAAAUUCUCAGUUGAUUAAAAAGGUGUAUCCAAUUUUUGCAAGCGUCGAUAAGUGAGAUAAUAGUGUAUUAGUAGUGAUUGUUUAAUUCCAUAUACCAAAUGUCAAAAAACAAAUUGAAUUUAACGCUACCACCUGGCUCGAUAGAACCAGUACCAGCUGUAUCACCAUCACCACCAGUUCCACCGUUGCCCAUUUAUUCAGAACCACCAGUAAUUCCAGACGGAGUUAUGGGAAAAAUGAGCAUAGAUGCUAUUCAAGAAAGGUUGGAGGAAUUAGAAAUGGAUGAAGAACAAAGAAAAAGACUGGAGAGCUUUUUGGGCCAAAAAGAAAAGGUUGGAGAAUUGUGUGAUGAGGACUUUGAAAAACUAGGUGAACUUGGUGCUGGUAAUGGUGGUGUUGUUAUGAAAGUGAGACACAAAAAGUAUGGACUUAUAAUGGCAAGAAAGCUAAUACAUUUAGAAGUUAAACCUGCUAUAAAGAAGCAGAUAAUUAGAGAACUAAAAGUUCUUCAUGAAUGUAAUUUUGCGCAUAUAGUUGGAUUCUAUGGUGCUUUCUAUAGUGAUGGUGAAAUUAGUAUAUGCAUGGAAUAUAUGGAUGGUGGAUCAUUAGAUUUAAUACUGAAAAAAGCUGGAAGAAUUCCAGAACCCAUAUUAAGCACAAUUACUUCUGCUGUUCUGAAAGGUUUGAGUUACUUACGAGACAAACACGCGAUCAUGCAUCGAGACGUAAAGCCGAGUAACAUUUUGGUAAACAGUGCAGGAGAGAUAAAAAUUUGUGAUUUUGGUGUUUCUGGACAAUUAAUCGAUUCUAUGGCUAAUUCUUUUGUUGGAACAAGAAGUUAUAUGUCUCCAGAGAGGCUUCAGGGUACACAUUAUUCGGUACAAAGUGAUAUUUGGUCCUUAGGAUUAUCACUUGUAGAAAUGGCCAUUGGAAUGUACCCAAUUCCCCCACCAGAUGAGAAAACUUUGGCUACAAUAUUUAGUACACCACCAGGUCAACCACCAGCAGAUAAUACUGCUACAAACAAUGCCUCUACACCAACAACACAGUCACCUGGUCACAAUACAGGUAGUCCAAGACCAAUGGCUAUAUUUGAAUUAUUGGAUUAUAUCGUUAAUGAACCACCUCCAAAAUUGCCUGCUGGAAUUUUCAGUGAUGCUUUCACAGAUUUUGUUGAUCGCUGUUUGAAGAAAAAUCCUGCUGAAAGAGCAGAUUUAAAAACAUUAAUGAAUCAUGAAUGGAUUAAGAAAGCUGAAUCUGAAAAUGUGGAUAUUGCUGGUUGGGUAUGUCGCACAAUGGAUUUACAACCGACCACUCCAACCCGUUUAGCGAACGUACAAUCCUGAAUAAAUGUCACUCUUACAUACUUGACUACCUAUAUACGCGUUCAGUACUCUUAAGUGGAUUUUAGGUUCUUUUUGUUUGAUUCAUGUAAACAGUGGCGUUUGUGAAUUUUUUCUUUUAUAUUAUAACAAUCCAUGGAAUUGAAGUUUUCCGCGAUUUUAAAAACAGACUAAUUAAAAUUUGUCAUUAGUUAUAUUAUUGCUCAAUAAUUCAUUUCUUGUUUGAGCAACAGCAUUUAUUAAAUAGAAUUAAGAUAUGCUUUGACAUGUGUAUCACAAAUUUAUUCUCUUUUGAAUAAUCGAAUUUAGCUAUUUAAAGAUGUAAGCUGUUAGUUUUUAAUGGUAUCUUUAAAUGAUUAUUAAAUUUAGGGCAUUAAAUUAUUUUUAUCUAUGUAUUAUGGUCCGAUUUUAAAAUCGCGGUAAUGAUCACGUAAGACUUAAUAAACAUGAUUGAGAUAUGAUAACUUUUAUAAUGUACAUAAUAUAAUAUGAAAUACGGCAAUCUACAUUGACAUAUUUGCAUGGAAUACGUCACUGUGCUGAAAUUUGAUUUCAUUUUACAUGUGUUUUGUAUCCUUAUCUUAUAAUUUUGUUGAAAGUAUGUAAGAUAAACAAUUAUCCGUAUAAGUUUAACAUUAUUGUACACUCAUGGGCAAAUUGUGUUCCCUAUAAUGAUAACUAGGAUCCAUAAAUAGGCAUCGGAUUUAUAAGAACAUAAUUUGAGGAAGCAAGAGAAGUGUUGACUAGUGAUCAAGUUACUAGUAUAACAUUUGUACCUGACAUUUAUAGAACACUGUACUAUAUUAUCAACAAAAAGACUUUUGUUCUAUCUUUGCUAAAAUACCACGCUAUUUUUUACUGAAUAAUCAGUCAGCGAUCAUGAUUUAAAAUAGUAUUUCAACCGGUGGAUACAGGUGUCUAAAAUAACAUAUGUUUCAUAUAAUUACAAUAAAGUAUCACUUAUAAUAAUGCAAUGCGAGUGUUAUGUCAUCACGAAAUAUUCUUUAAUAAUAUUACAAACAGUACUUUAUUGUAAUUUGUGCAAUUAAUUCUGAAAUACUAUUUUAUUAAACAUCAAUGCAAAACAUUCAUAUAAUAGAAAAAUGUAUUGUAAAAUACUACAUAAAUGUUUGUUCUAAGUAUUCUUUUUUAACGGCGUAUGUUGAAUUAAUGUAUCUUUGAAAAUUCAUUAAUUAUAUUGCGUACAUCGUGGAUUAAAACAGUGAUGGGCAACUAUGCCCGCGAGCAUAUGUUGAGCGUCGAUGGGUAGAGGCAGUAUUUUGUAGGCGUUGUAUUGUUUGGUUGUUAAGAGUAGGAAGAUGUCUCUAGGUUUUUCUAGCCCCUUCUUAGGAUUUUGCUAAGCUCUACUUAGAUUUCAGAAGUUUGGAACUUAAGAAUCUUGAAAGCAUGAAAGUUGAAAAUCUUAGAAUUUUGAGACUUGGGGUCUUAGGACUUUAGGAUUGUGAGCUCUUAGAGUCUUUGUAAUUUUGGGAUUUUGGAAUGUUAGAGCUUUGCUAGAUGUGUACGCCAAUAUCCAUAAGUUCUUCUGCGGGCAUUUGAUCUGCCCAUCACUGAUCUAAAAUAUUAUACUUCAUAGGUGCAAUUAACAAAAUUUUUGAUGCGCGUCCAUGUGUUCACACAAUAAUGAAUAUGUACAAUUGUAUGUAUUUGUAUAGCUGUGCAUUGAGUCUUUCUUGUGCAAUUUUUGUGAACUGUAUUUGAAAGAUCAGCCGUUCGUUUGGCUACUUUCUUAUUUACAUAUAUUUCAGUAAUUAAAUAUAAUUAGAAGAUGUUAAUAAUUUAAUUAUAAAAGCGAAUAAGAAGGAUAGGUAUUAAGAUUAAAAUUUUAUGAAUCUUUAUUCAGAAAAAAAAUAUUCAAUCAAAAUGUUAUAAAUACUAUACAGACACUAUUAUACAUUAUAGUUAUGACUAUAUAAAUACUACACUAGACUAUUAUGGGAUAGCGUAGUAUUUACAUGGCAUUGACUAUAAUAUAGUAUAAUAUCUAUAUAGUAUUAUUAUUAUAUAGUCCAUAUCGAUAGAUAGAUCAUAGACAGAUGUGUAAUAUUGUACAAUCUAAUAUACAUAGUCGCUUAUCAUUGUAAUAUGCUGAUAAAAAAUGUCUAUAUGUACAUAGUAUAAUAGUAGUAUAAGCAUUCAUAUUCAGUUGUACGCAAACGUCACACUGUUAUUUUUCUUUUAUAAAAAAAAUAUCACCGAUAGAAUUAUUAAUUGGAGAUCAUCAGAAAGAUUCAUUACACGUUAUAACAUGUAGACGUAGUAAAUAUUUCGUCAAAUUAUAUCCAUAUUUGCUUAGUCACUACAUUUUUAUAUAAGCGAAUGCAAAUAUAAUUGUUAGCCUUUUCCGAUUUGGCUUAAAAAAUAUCGGAGUGUACUAUGAGCGCAUUGUGAUGUUUGCAAGCACAGUGAGGACACUCACUAAUGUGCCUACGCGUAAGACGCCCAAGAACUGACCUUUCGUAUUAUAUGUAUUUAUGUCUGAUGUAUCAUAAACAGACAGAAACAGUUUCAAUAGUUAAGUUCUCUGUUAAGAAAAGAAAAUGUAAGAUACGAUAAAUAAUAUACAAUUAAACAAAUUUUAUUCGCUAAGCAGUGAAUCUCAACUGUGAAAGGGAUAAUUACUUCUGGCACUUAUUAAAAAUAUGUCGAUAUUCCUUGUUGCGAAUUUGUGCAUAAUAAUUGCUGUUGUAUUGAUUCACUGUCUAAAUGUUGUAACUAUUUAACAAAUAAAUUUAUCCCACAUUA